AUGGAGGGGUCUAAUAAUGGAGGAAAAAAUCUUAGGAGAAAAACGUCAUCCAUAUGGCAGAGAGCUAAAAAUAAAAUCAGAAUAACACCAAAAGAUGCAACACCUGUGAAUUGGAAAAUCAUUGGCCUUGUAUUCAUCUCAAUGUUCACUGGAACACUCAGUCUUACAUUUCUGUUUCCUUUCCUGCCAGAAAUGAUUUUGUUCUUUGGUUACCAAGAGACAGACAAGGGUUACUAUGCAGGAAUGGUGGCCUCCAUGGUGUUUGCUGGCAGAGCAGCAGGAAGCUUUUUCUGGGGUUGGUUGUCUGAUAAAAUGGGGCGGAGACCAGUCAUGCUAAUGACCAUAUUUGGAAAUGGCUUUUUCUGCUUGCUGUUUGGAUUUACCUCUAAUUUACCCAUGGCUCUUAUCAUAAGGUUUCUAGCUGGUUUAGCUAAUGGCACCGCAAGCAUUUCCAAGGCGAUUCUAUACGAGGUUUCAGAUGAUUCUAAUCAAGCUACCGGAUUGUCCAUCGUGGCCAUGUCUUGGGGAGCAGGGAUCAUACUGGGGCCAGCUGUUGGGGGAAUUUUAUCCAACCCAGCCUCUAGAUAUCCCUCUAUGUUUCAAAAGGAUGGUGUGUUUGACCAAUUUCCGUACCUUCUCCCUAGUCUUAUUGUGGCAUGUGUCUGUUUUGUGGUUAUCCUUGUCGACUUCUUAGUUUUACCCGAGACUAGGAGCAGAAAACAACUAGAAUUAGACGUAGAGGAACAAACUGAAGAGUUACACAAGUUGGUUCACAAGACACAACAGAAGCAAACAAAAGAGACUGACAGAAAGAUCUCUUUAUCAAUGGAGGAUCUCCACUGUUAUACAGAUAGAGCAGUAUAUGACGUCAAACUAUAUCAGUCCUGUCAAGACCUGCGCAGGUCAUGUGACUUAGAUACGAACAAGGCGUUGAAAACGCCGACAGAAAACACGACUGAGGAAGCAGUAAGAGUUGAAAAGAAAAUAUCCAAGUGCAUCUUCAAUGAAGUCAAGAGUACAAGUCUUUUUGAAAUAUUAAGUACGCCAGAUUGUAGAAAGGCUAUUUUUCUGUACACAGUCUUUUCUUUCUCGUCCAUUGGUUAUGAGGAAAUAUUUACGAUAUGGGCAUCAACCAAAACAAAUUAUGAUGGCCUAGGGUUUGAGACAGAUGAAAUUGGUAUGGUUCUUGGCCUAUCAUCUUUCCCCAUGUUGAUCCUCAACCUUUUCAUCUAUCCAUUCCUUGAUAGGAUAUUUGGAACGAAAAAGACAUUUAUAAUCUGUGGCUGUAUUAAUGGAAUCUUGAUGACUGUUACACCCAUGUUACAUCUUAUUGAAUCAAGUUCCCCGUCCAUGCUGUGGACUAUCCUCCUUGUUCUGAUUGUUCCACAGAAGAUAAUGACUAGUUGUUUGUUCACUGCAUCGUCACUCUUCAUUAACAACUCAUCACCACCUCACAUGGCGGGCUCCGUCAAUGGUAUCGCCACCACUUCCACAGCUAUUGCCAGGACCUUGGCACCCACAAUAGGAGGCAGUAUAUUCGCAUGGUCUAUAGGAAACAAUCUAGAAGCACCGUUUGAUGUCAACCUGCCUUUCUUUAUCUUUGGAUUCAUUUUAUGGCUGAUCAGUAUAUAUAGUUUAUUUAUGCCAGAAUCUCUUAACAGAAAAAAGACUUAA